GAAGAAGCUGGAGAUGUUCGGGUCUCGGUGGUAACGGGAACAGAAACCCGCAUCAUUCACCUCGCGCAGGAUGACGGACUAAUCGUAGUGGCUCGCGCUCGAGGAGCCAUGCAUCCACCGAUCACGGCACUGUGGCUCGCGCUCAUGCUGGCGGCCGCACGCGCGUAUACGGACGGAUCAGAGGAGAUGCUGUCUCUAGCUGAACUGGAAGACAUGUUGUUGAGGAACCUGUUCCGUGGUUAUCAGAAGUGGGUGAGACCGGUCCUGCACGCCAACGACUCCAUCACCGUCCGCUUCGGCCUCAAGAUCUCACAGCUGGUGGACGUGGAUGAAAAGAACCAACUGAUGACUACUAACGUCUGGUUGUGGGAGGAAUGGACAGACUAUAAACUUCGCUGGAACCCAGAGGAUUAUGGAGGAAUAACGUCCAUCCGAGUGCCGUCAGAGAGCAUCUGGCUCCCUGACAUUGUCCUCUAUGAGAAUGCUGAUGGACGUUUUGAGGGCUCUCUGAUGACCAAAGCCAUUGUGAAAUAUAACGGCACGGUCACAUGGACUCCUCCGGCCAGCUACAAGUCCUCCUGCACCAUGGACGUCACCUUCUUUCCUUUUGACCGACAGAACUGCUCAAUGAAGUUUGGCUCAUGGACCUAUGACGGUACCAUGGUGGACCUGACCCUUGUCGACCCUCAUGUGGACCGCAAGGACUUCUUCGACAACGGCGAGUGGGAGAUCUUGGACGCCAGUGGCCGGAGAGGGAACCGUCGGGACGGCAUUUAUUCCUACCCGUUUGUGACGUACUCAUUCAUCCUAAAGCGGCUCCCUCUGUUCUACACGCUCUUCCUGAUCAUCCCGUGUCUCGGCCUGUCCUUCCUUACCGUUCUGGUCUUUUAUCUUCCAUCAGAUGAGGGUGAGAAGUUGUCUCUGUCCACGUCGGUACUCGUGUCCCUAACCGUCUUCCUCCUCGUCAUUGAGGAGAUUAUCCCAUCCUCGUCCAAGGUGAUCCCACUGAUUGGCGAGUACCUGCUCUUUAUCAUGAUCUUCGUCACCUUCUCCAUCAUCGUCACUGUCUUUGUCAUCAAUGUGCACCACCGCUCUUCAGCCACCUACCACCCCAUGGCUCCCUGGGUCAGGCGGCUCUUUUUGCAGAGCUUACCCAGGAUGCUGUGCAUGCGUGACCGCCAUUGCUACCCGGAGGUCGACCCACAGCACAGCCCGGAGCUUAAACGACCUGUGAAAAAGGGGGUGAAGAAGAAUGCAGUAGGAGGGAAGGAGGACGAAUCAUGGGUGGCCAUGCUGGAGAAAGCCACCAGCUCGGUGCGCUACAUCUCACGACACAUUCGCAAAGAGCACUUCAUCAGAGAGGUGGUUCAGGACUGGAAGUUUGUCGCUCAGGUGUUGGACCGGAUCUUCCUGUGGAUCUUCCUCACUGUGUCCAUAGUCGGCACCAUCCUCAUAUUCACGCCAGCACUCAACAUGUACCUCAGCACUGCAUCCUAAACACACCACAUCCCCCCAAAAAACACAUUCAUAUCAACCACUUUGCUUCCUUCUGUAAACACACCUAUUAGAAAUCUUCCAGCUUCCUUUAUUAUCUACAGUAAAACCCAGCAAAAAUAAACACAGAUGAAAUCAGAGGCCCUUUUGCACCCGUAUAUCAAGAAUAUAUAACAGCGACAUUUCCAUUACCUUUAUUUAUGAAUAUCUAUGUGACAUUAUUUUGAGAGAACAUUCCUUAAGCUUAAACAUUCCUUAAUAGGUAGCCUCUAAAUCUGGACCUAAUAUUUAUAAAAGUUGCACCUGUAGGUGCUCAGUUGGCGCAGUGGGUGAUAAACCAUGCUAGCCCACCAGCGCUGAGAUCUCGAGCUCUCAAGUUUCAAUCUUAGGUCUGCUAUCAGCCGGCCGGGCACCCACACAGACACACGAUUGGCUGUGUGAUCUGCAGGAAGAUGGUUCCUCAUCACUGGUGCAAAUGUUGCCUCUGCUGACCAGUCAAGGAACUGGCUUUUUGGGGGGAGGGGUGUCGCUGGCAUUGCAAGUGCUCUGUAAGACCACACCCCUGGCAGGUAAAAAGAUCAGCGCGUGUUGGAGAGGGGCGUGUGACAGCCUUGGCUGUAAAUCUGUAAUCUGUAAAGUAAUCUUAAGCGCUAGUUCUGAGUUUACAGGUAAUGUGAGGAAACAUUGGCUGAGCUGCGACUGAUGCUAAGCAAGGAAUGUGAUUGAAAUGGGCUAUACUGCAUCUGGAGAUCAGCAAGAUGUGACCUCCAGCAUUCCAAAUUUGCUAAACUAAUUUAAAGAAAGCAGACAGCCAGUAACACACUGCAAACAUCUAAUCUAGAGGUUGUAGUAAAUUUCUAAAUUACCGUAUUGGCCAAAAUAUGUAAAUAUCAGAUUAUUCUCUCUCAACGUUCACGACAUGCAUGGUUACGUUAGUUUUUUAAUUUGAUUUUAUUCUACAUAUAGUGCAGCCCUAUGUAUGGGAAUGCUAACUGGGAUUAAUGGGGUGGUGGGUUUACAGUUCACCAGGGCAUAUUUUGUCUUAGUCCAUGCUGGUAUCAUGAGAAAUAAAGUGUGUGUGAGUGUU